AUGAACUUCAGCAAAGGAGGACUGCUGUACCACAUCAGUGCAAAACACUGCGUAGAUUCUUCACAUAGGGAAUAUAUUUCUCCCCACACUUGCAACAUGAAUAAAAGUCAGCUUCCUGGAAGGGUAUUCGUGCAACCACAUUUUUAUCCUGCAAAUCUGAAAAAGCAACCUGCCAGCGAAGGAGACUUAGCUGCAGGUCUACAUGACUCUGAGGAGUCUGAUUUUGAAAGCCUUGCUCGAGAGAGACAGUAUCAGCUACAACUCCAGCAGCGGAUUCGUGAAAAUGAAGAGCUGGAAGGGCUGUCUUCAGAGGAGUUUGAGAAUGACAGCUUAGAAGAUAGCUUGGAAGAGAGGAGCAUAAAAGAGCAAGGAGGAGCCGCGUGUGACCCAGACCGAUACACAACUGGAAUGCAAAAGGGCGGUAGUAAUGAAAGGAAGAGCCAGUCCGUGGACAAAUAUUUCAACCUAAGAUACAACCCUAACUGGAAGAACAUGAAAGGCGUAGCAGAAUUUUCUGCGGUGCAAAAAGCACAUCAAGUGCCUUUAAGAGACAGCGUGGAACUUUCACAAGACUCAUUUUACCUCCUUUCCAAUGACUGCCCAAAAGAAGAGACUCAACAGAUGGCAGAAUCACAAGAUACAUCCCCUGACUUUGAUACAGAAGUAUGGAAGGAAUCAGAAAAGGACUGUCGUGUCAAAGAUAGCCCCAGCACGUUCCGCAGUGCUUUUCCUCCUCGGAUUCAAGGUAAACCAGGAAGAGUAAAAAAGGAUUUUGUGGCAAAAAAUAAACGGACCUUAGGUUUAGGUACACGCAUGGGAAAUUCCUAUCUUCAAAUAUACUGUAAAAAGCAAGGGGAAGGUCUUCAAGAACAG